AUGAUGUUGCGUCGAGUUGCGCUUCUAUGUCUCAUCUUCUUCGUCGGCUCGAAUGUCGCACAGACGCCCGUCAUCGGCGGCACCUGCAAACUGGGCACAGCCGACGUGCAAAUCGGCGGCAAACAGACACAAUUCUUCCUGAAAUGCGAAACGACGGCCGACAGCGCUGAUGGCGAAGGAGUUUGGGUGGUGAAAUCGCGUGCGGCGACACCAACCGCCGCUGCACCAGCGCAAGCCUCGAUUCCCGCCGAGAACACUCAACCCCAGCAGCAUCCAAAGGCUCGCAAGCCGACAUCACCCAACAUUUGUGAACAAGAUAAUGGCGCGAGAGAAUCGGAGAGUUGCGCUGUGUCGGCGACAUGCCUUCAGGCUCACAACGAGUUCCCAUCAUCAUACCUCCAAUGCGAUCAGACUACCCUUCGUUGGGUCCGCAAAUCGUGCCAGGACGGUUUCUUGUUCAACUUUGAGCAGCAGACUUGCAUCGUUCCAAAGCGAAUGAGCUCACUUUCACGUAAGUCCGACGCGGAUCCUCCCUCAACGCUAACAAAUGACCCAUGCUCGAAAUGCCAGCUCGGAACCGCAUGCCGAAACGGCGAGUGUGUCCCACUAACCACUAGCAACGUGUGCUCCGACGGUUCGCCGCCGAACGGCACUUGCUUCGACACACCGUGUCCGUCCAAUCAUUUUUGCACAUCGAAAAGCGUUUGCUGUCCGGUCAGCGCCCUUCAAUCAUCGCUGGGAUGCCCACUGGCGUGCACCAUCAACGAAAGCUGUCCCAGCGGAAUGGAGUGCCAUAACAAUUGUUGCGAAGUGCGCAAAAUCCUUCGACAUCCCAAUUCGGAGGCGAUCAAACUGAAAGACGCAGAGGAUCUCAAGUACAUUUUCGAGGCCAGCGACGAAUUGUUCAACGGCGUCGAGGAAUCGAAACCGCUCGAAGUCGAACUGCCGAAGAGUGUCAAGAUUCCGAUGCCGCCGGGCUCCGCGCCACCACCUCCACCAUCAUCAGCAUCAACGGAUGCUCCCAAAUGCGCCGCAACAGAGCCAUCAGCGCCAUGCGGCGGGACGAACGCCAAUUGCUCAUCGGAUGCCGAUUGUCCGACGUCGUUCCUCUGCGAGCAUUCGUGUUGCCGUCUGGCGAUCUGCCCGCGAACCGACGCGCCGGUACGAUUCACGUGUCGAACGCAAUACCAUUGUCGGGCCAAUGAAGUGUGCAUAUUCGGUGGAUGUUGCCCGCGAUCGAAAUCCGAGGAUCUCGCGGUUCUCGCUUCUUCAGGAUACGGCAAUCAAUCGGAUUGCGACGUCGACAAUCGCGUCGAAUCAUGCGAUAUUGAUAACGCAUGUCCGGAAUCGUCGGAAUGCCUCGCCGGAAUCUGCUGCAAACUUCCGCCGGUGGCGAAAUGCGCCAAUGGAUUGAUGGCGCUCUCAAUUCCGGCCGUCUGCGAUCUUUCCGAUGAUUGUCCGAUCGCCUCGCGCUGCGAAUACGGAAAAUGCUGUCCGUUGGCGUCGGAGAAGACGGCGGCCGGAGGAGUUGACGAGCCCGAACCGACCUCUAUUGGAAUCGAGCCCAUCGUAACGCUGUCGAGCGCAAAAGUGUGGAAGAAAACCGAACAAACCGGAAUCUCUCUAGAGAAAAAUAAAUGCCUUUCUUCGCAAAAAUGCGACAUUCGCACGCUAUGCCCUCCGGAAUUCACGUGCUCAACAUCGGGAAAAUGCUGUCGACUGGGUGUUCGAUGUCCCGAUGGGACGGUUCCCGAGACUUCUUGCAAUUCGACGUCGACCAGCGAGUAUUGUCCGUCAUCGUCGCACAAGUGCACAUUGCUCGAAGGCAAAUAUCACGCGUGUUGCUAUUUUCCCGAAGGUGACCUGCCUGGAAUUCCCUCCUGUCCGAUGGGAUCGGUCGAAGUUGAGCCAAGAUUCGGCAAAUCGUGUCGAUAUAGCCUACAAUGCCCAUCGCCGUAUUUCUGCAAUUCUCAAGGUCAACCGGCUAGUGGACUUGUGUGCACCUUCUCGAGCUGCUCGAACUCGAAUCCAUGCAGCGUCGGAACUUGCAACAACGGUUAUUGCUGCAGCUCUUCGUCGAACUCGGCGCCGUCCAUCAUUGAUAACGCAACGAGCACCACCGCAACCACCAUCACAUCCACAAUCGCACCUAACCCAAAAUCCAUAACCAAAUCGAAAACUCUUAAUAUUAAUAAUAAUAAUAAUAAUAAUCGCAACAAGAAACAGCACAAGAAACCCACUAAAAAAGAGUUUGACACACUUCUGACGGAAGCGGUCGCCGAUUUUCCGGUCGGACCACCCGGCUACGGGUUUCCGGAGCAUUUGGCGAAUCUCGACGAGGUUCUUGUGAAAGCCAGCGGCGAUGGAACCACAUGCGCAGGUGGAUUCACGUCGAAACUCGUGUGCUCGAUAGCCAACGAAUGCCCGGCUGGCCUUCAUUGUGAUCUCAGUUCCGGCCUAUGUUGCCCGAUGAUCCUACCGCUUGUCGAUCCAAAAAAUCCAAAGAAAUCGUCGAGACGACGCAAGCCGAAAGAGAAGCAGCAGCCGAUGAGCUCCUACCCUUGUGGAUGCCUUGCCGGAUCUGGAAGCAACUGCGUCGGAUGCAAUCAGAACACCCCGCAAAUCAUCACGAUUCCACAAAACUCGUGCCCGGGAGGUGGCUACUCGGUCGGAAGCUGCUCGUCGGGAUUCUGCGCCACCGGCUACACCUGCGUUCAGAAUCAAUGCUGUCCGUCCUAUUCGGCUCCGCCAAGAAUUUCCGUUUACACGUGCCCAUCUGGAAACAGUGCUGUUGGAGCUUGCAUUUCUGGACGAUGCGCUAGCGGAUACCAAUGCGUCAACAAUGCUUGCUGCCCACAAACCACCACAACCAACCCAUUCGUGUGCCCUGAUGGAACCCAAGCCGCUGGCGGAUGCGUCAACGGCCAAUGCGGCUCCGGAUACACGUGCUCGAACGGACUUUGCUGCGCUGGAACCACCAACACUGUCAGAUGUCUUGACGGAUCGGAAGCCGUCGGAGCUUGCAUCCCAUCGUGCACAGGAAACGCUUGCGGCGGAACGCAGGUCUCGUACUAUUGCGGUUCCGGCUACACUUGCACCACUGGUAACAUUUGCUGCGCUAUCAACAGCUGCCCGAACGGCGGCGAACCACUCGGACCAGCCAUCAACGGACUCUGCCCAACCGGAUACACCGUCCAGGGCAACCUCUGCUGCUCGUCCUCGUGCCCAGAUGGAUCCGCUGGAACCCCGCCAGUCAACAAUGUCUGCCCGGCCGGAACCACUCUGACGAACGGUGUGUGCUGCGGCGGUGCCGGCGCUGUCACGUGCGCUGACGAAAUCGCCAUCGGACCAUGCGACGGAACAGGCAACAACGGCGGAUGCCAGGCUGGAUACGCUUGCGACACCACCAACGGCAACUGCUGCCCGGUCGUCGACUACAACAACGAAGCGUGCCAAGUGGGACCGGCCAUCGACGGUCUCUGCCCGCCGGGAUACGUUGUCGUCUACAUCCCGAACAGCCCGCUCAUCAACAACGGAGUCAAUCCAGGAACAUGCAUCGAUCUUCAAUGCACACAAGGACUCUGCGCUGCUGACCAGCAGAUCGGAGAAUGCGACGACACCGGCGCCUGCCCAGCCGGCUACACAUGCAACUUCCAGGCCAACAUUUGCUGUUCGGCGGCAUUCUCGCGUCGACGAAUCGCAGGCGGAAAGGCUGCUGGCGCGCAGAAGCCCGUCUACGGACGCCCACUUCACAGCUACAUGCCACCGCGCGCCGGCGGCUUCCAAACCUCCUCGUGCGCCGACGGCUCACUCUCGUCGGGACCAUGCAUGAACGGCCUGUGCGGACUCGGCCUCGAAUGCCACAACGGACAGUGUUGCGCGCCCGGCCAACAGCAGAAACAAUUGCAAAGCAAAUGCCCGUCGGGCGACACGGCGGUCAGCGGCUGCUUCGCCAACGGCUCGUGCGGCACCGGAUUCGAAUGCGUCGCCUCGCUGAACUUGUGCUGUCCGCCGGGACAGCCGAGCGCACCGAUCGCCGGCCCGUUCGGCGGCGUCGGGUCACCGUCGCCGCGUCCGAUCGGCGCCCGCUGUAUGAUCGACAACGAAUGCGUCGGCAAUGGCGAGGGCCUCUCGAUGUGCCACGCCGGCGUGUGCCAAUGCUCGCCGAUCGCCUACUCUCAAGGAAUCGCAUGCAUUCGACGAAAGUCUUUCCAAAUGAACGACGAUCCAGUUAUCGACGCAAUCGAAGACAAAACGAGCCAGAACAGCGUGAGCGUCUGA